ACUUGGCGAGAAGCCUCGAUUUUUCUUGUGUCAGUAACAUGUGAAAUUCUGACGAUUCACAUUGUGUGGGUCUGUUAAGACCAAAACCAUUUUAAGAGUAUACGUGCAAUCAGAUAAUAGUGUAAUACUUCGAUUUCAUUUCUAUUUCACUUCAUUGGCUGUAGUUCGGUGUCCCCUUCAGCGCUAAUGUUGACAAGGGGAAGUUGUGAGGGGAGGGCCUAUGUUGCGCGCAGAAUUCAACCCUUCCGGGCAUAGCAAGUAGGCUACGGUCGCUUCCCACACGUCAGAAACGAAACUCUGUCGCUUUCCCUGGCCGUCUCAAGCGCUGGUCUUCACUGGAGCCGGUCCCAGUCGCUUGGAACGGUGAACAGCUGUGUCUCAGGACGUGGAAGGGCAGAUGACCACAAUAAUUAAGUAAUGGGCUGUGCAUACUGUAAGCAGCGGAAGGAAAAAGUAGUGGACCCAUCACCAUGCGACCCAAGCAGUGGAGGGGUGGGCCCCAAGCCCCAUUACUCCCCCGAUCCAAUCCAGAACAAAGGGGCAGAGCUCAUCCCCAACUUCAACAACUUCCCCAUGGGCUCUACACAGCCCAUCAGCCCUGGAACAGGUUUCCCCAACAGCAUGUGCCCGCAGCGCGGCACUGCCAUCACAGGUGGGGGUGUGACUCUCUUCAUAGCACUCUAUGACUAUGAAGCCCGAACCGAGGACGAUCUCUCAUUUCUCAAAGGAGAGAAAUUCCAUAUUAUUAACAACACCGAAGGUGACUGGUGGGAGGCCCGUUCUUUGGACACAGGGAAUUCUGGGUACAUUCCAAGCAACUAUGUCGCUCCAGUGGACUCUAUACAAGCAGAAGAAUGGUAUUUUGGCAAGAUGGGUCGUAAGGAUGCAGAGCGCCAGUUGCUUAGUGCCAAUAACCCAAGAGGAACUUUUCUCAUACGUGAAAGUGAGACCACAAAAGGAGCAUACUCACUGUCCAUCCGUGACUGGGACGAUGGAAAGGGAGAUCAUGUCAAGCACUAUAAGAUUAGAAAACUGGACAAUGGUGGAUAUUACAUCACAACACGUACACAGUUUGACACAGUUCAGCAGCUUGUAGAGCAUUAUACAGAACGAGCUGCAGGGCUUUGCUGUCGUCUAAUGGGCAGCUGUAGGCGGGGCAUGCCUAAGCUGGCUGACCUUUCAGUGAAGACUAAAGAUGUAUGGGAGAUCCCACGCGAGUCACUCCAGCUUAUGAAGAAGCUGGGGAAUGGACAAUUUGGAGAAGUGUGGAUGGGUAUGUGGAAUGGCACGACGAAAGUGGCUGUAAAGACACUGAAGCCGGGCACCAUGUCCCCUGAGGCCUUCCUGGACGAGGCUCAGAUCAUGAAGAGGCUCCGCCAUGAUAAGCUGGUGCAGCUCUAUGCUGUGGUCUCUGAGGAGCCCAUCUACAUCAUCACUGAAUUUAUGAGUCAAGGGAGUUUGCUUGAUUUCCUGAAAGAUGGAGAGGGCCGAAAUCUGAAACUUCCUCAGCUGGUAGACAUGGCAGCACAGAUUGCAGCAGGCAUGGCGUAUAUUGAGAGGAUGAACUAUAUCCAUAGAGACUUGCGUGCGGCCAACAUCCUGGUUGGAGACAACCUAGUGUGUAAAAUUGCAGAUUUUGGACUGGCACGACUCAUUGAGGACAAUGAGUACACAGCCAGACAGGGAGCAAAAUUCCCCAUCAAGUGGACAGCACCAGAGGCGGCUCUCUUUGGGAAAUUUACCAUCAAAUCCGAUGUCUGGUCUUUUGGCAUCUUGCUCACUGAGCUCAUCACCAAGGGCCGUGUGCCAUACCCAGGCAUGAAUAAUAGGGAGGUGCUGGAGCAGGUGGAGCGUGGUUACAGGAUGCCCUCCCCCCCUGGCUGCCCCGCCUCCCUCCACGAGCUGAUGCUGCAGUGCUGGAAGAAGGACGCGGACGAGAGGCACACCUUCGAGUACCUGCAGGGAUUCCUAGAAGACUACUUCACUGCCACUGAGCCCCAGUACCAACCUGGGGAAGACCUGUGACCCACACACGCUUACAUAUAAAGACUCAUACAAGCACAGCAAAACACAGACACAAAACAGGAACAUCGAUCUACUGUACUUACACAGAGCAUGUUGACAUACGUUCUAUUCUACUGGAUUGUAUUCUCAUAAUGAAUGCAAAACAAUAUCAACAUAAAAUUUAAUGCGUAACAGUUAAGUUGUAUAAAAUGGAUGUUGCCACAGUCCUGGUAGAUCAUAGUGGUUCUGUGAUUUCUUAUACAAAUAAAUCUCAUUUUACUCACAGUCUUUUCCCCUUCUGUAUCUUCUCCAGUUACACUCAGAUACGUGUACACAUAAGGGCCUAUCACAUUGUACACGAUAUGUGCUGCGCUCGCCACUAGGUUGCUCUUGGUUGUGGUAACGUCUCAAAGAUUUUUGUUGUGCUUGCCGCCGGGCUCAGGGCAAAAUACCUAUGACUUACAGCGCGCCGGCAGGCCAGCUCUUGCGCGCGCAAGCCAUUGACAAUAAUGCAUUUCAUAGCGCAUACUGCGUGCAAUGUGAUAGGCUCUUUAUACACUGACUCACUCACAAUUGUUUGUGUGUUCAUAACAGUUUCCCCUUUAACAGCCUGUCGUCUAAGUGACACUGUAUUUUUUCUGUCUUGUGUGAUGUCAAGAUGCUGCUUGAUGUCAUUCUUUCAGUGUAGGUAUAUUGUUUGUGAAAUUGUCUGCUGUUUGUGACAUUAACAUUUCAUUGUUUAAUUUCAUUUUAUGUUUAUGAGUGAUUUUAACUCUGGCUUUUCUCCAUGUAUAACUUAAGACAGGUCUGUUUUGUUUUGCAUGUAUGUGUAUUGCUGAUGUUUGAGCUUGCAUGAGCAAGCUACACAACUGAGAGCAUCUUCAGCGGUGUGUGACUGAUUAGUAGUGUUUGUAAAUCAUGGUAUACAGUCCAUAAAUCUAGGCCUUAUAUGUGUUUAUGCCAACAUGAAAACCAUGAAUUACCAUGUCUGACCAAAAGAAUUUAUGUUUCUUUUUUAUUAUACCACUUUGAAUAAAAGGCCUUUGAAUUUGUAUAGUGUACCCUUGUGUAAUAGGAUUGUGAAGUUUUAAAAGUUUCAUUUAGAAAACUUGAAGGUUAUACCAAAAACCCACUUUUUGUAGAGAUUUUUGUAGAAACUUUAAUGCUUCAAAACUGCAGCAGUUAAGGUUCUAAGAAGAGCUUUAGAGCUUAAGAUGUUUUUUUAUGGUCAGACUACACUUUCAUAUGCCAAUGACAAUAAAGCAAGUAUUUCUCACCA